CCCUCCUUUGAUCAAUACAGAUAGCUUUCUCUCUUUCAGUUAUCAUGGCUAAGAUACAAUCUUUAGGCAGCAAACAUGGUUUCAUGGCUUCAACAAUGCUCGUCUUCAGCCUUCUAAUGGCCAUUCUCUCCACCACAAGUGCCCAAAUUGGUGUUUGUUAUGGCAUGCUUGGCAACAACCUACCGCCCCGCCCAGCGGUCAUAGCCCUGUAUAACCAAUACAACAUCCGAAGGAUGAGACUCUACGGGCCGGAUCAAGCUGCGCUCCAAGCCCUCCGAGGCACCAACAUUGAGGUCAUGCUCGGUGUCCCCAACACCGAUCUCCAACGCAUCGCCGCCAGCCAGGACAAUGCCAACGCUUGGGUCCAAAACAACGUCAAGAACUACGCCAACGUCAAGUUCCGCUACAUAGCCGUUGGGAAUGAAGUUAAGCCCUCGGAUUCUUUUGCAAAGUUUCUAGUUCCCGCCAUGCAGAACAUCCGCAAUGCACUUGCGGCUGCUGGACUUGGAAUCAAAGUUUCCACGGCCAUAGACACCGGAACCCUCGGAGAAUCUUUCCCACCGUCCAAGGGAUCUUUCAAGGGCGAAUAUAUGCCGAUUCUCAACCCUGUAAUCCGUUUCUUGGUGAACACACAAGCUCCAUUGCUGGUCAACUUGUACCCUUACUUCAGUUACAUAGGCAACACUAAGGACAUCUCCCUUAAUUACGCCCUCUUCAAGGCCCCGUCGCCCGUGGUGCCAGAUGGGUCUCUACAGUACCGUAAUCUUUUCGAUGCAAUUCUUGAUGCAGUCUAUGCUGCGCUUGAGAAGUCCGGUGGAGGCAAUUUAGAGAUUGUUGUAUCAGAGAGUGGCUGGCCUAGUACCGGUGGAACGGCAACGACCGUUGACAAUGCAAGGACUUAUAACAACAAUCUGAUUCAACAUACUUUAAAAUUUCCCCACCGAUUGAUCCCACAAUGGGCGGUUUUCGCCGGGCUGACAAGUCAAGCAGCCGGAGUGGCCAAGUAGUCUUGGCCGCUGGCAUCUAAAAACUCCAAAAUCAAUUAUAUCGUCUGACUGUGACUUUAGGAUCACAACAAUAAUGCGCGUCAAUUUUC